UGUUCCCAAGUUUCCACUCCUUUUUAUUCCACUGAGCCACUGUUUCCUUCUCAUUUCUCAAUUUAAUUGACCGUUGCUAAAAUGUCCUGGUUCUAACUUCUUAGUUCUAACGGCUUUUUAAGUUGACUCCUAUCUCAAUUUCCCGCCAAUUUAUUAGUAAUUCGAAAUUCCAAAACCCAAAGACUAUUGGGUUUAAAGCUCCACUUUAUAGUAAGCCUAUAAUGGAGGCCCCAAAACCACCCUCUUCUACUUCUUCUUCAGAUUUCUAUGCUUAUCUCCUCCAAACAAGCCUCAAAUCCAAAGACCCGUUAGCCGGAAAAUUGAUUCAUGCUCGAAUAAUCAAAGCCGGGCUUCACCUCGGCGUGUUUCUGAUGAAUAAUCUCAUGACUUUCUAUGCAAAAAGUGGGUUUGUUUCCGAUGCUCAUCGCGUGUUUGAUGAAAUGAAUGUGAGGACUAUAUUCUCUUGGAAUACAAUACUAUCAGCAUAUGCGAAACAGGGUAGGUUCGAUAAGGCACACCGCAUGUUUGAGGAAAUUCCUAACCGCGACUCCGUUUCAUGGACUACGAUGAUAGUGGGGUAUAAUCAGAUGGGUCGUUUUGAAAAUGCGAUUCAGAUGUUUUUAGAGAUGGUUGGAAGUAGAGUUGCCCUAACACAGUACACAAUUACUAAUGUUCUUGCUUCAUGUGCUGCCGUUGAAGCUUUGGAUAUUGGUCGGGAGGUUCACUCAUUCGUAGUUAAACUUGGGCUCAGCAGUUGUAUGCCUGUGGUGAAUUCCUUGUUAAACAUGUAUGUGAAGUGUGGUGAUCCAGUAACGGCAAAAGUUGUUUUCGAUAUGAUGAGAUUGAAGAACACGUCAAGUUGGAAUGUUAUGAUUUCAUUACAUAUGAAGUCUGGUCGGGUUGACCUUGCUCUUGCCCAAUUCGAACAAAUGGAAGUACGAGAUAUAGUUUCGUGGAAUUCAAUGAUUGCAGGUUGUAAUCAGCAUGGUUUUGAUCUUGAAGCGCUGGAAAUUUUCUCAAACUUGUUGAAGAAUUCUUCAUUAAGGCCCGAUAAGUUCACAUUGGCAAGUGCUUUGUCAGCUUGUGCCAAUCUUGAGAAGUUAGAUCCUGGGGAACAAAUCCAUGGCUAUAUCAUUAGAACUGAGUUUGGUACGUCUGGGGCAGUGGGGAAUGCUCUGAUUUCAAUGUACGCCAAGUCUGGUGGGGUUGAAAUUGCACGGAAGAUUGUAGAGCAAAGUGGGUCUUCAGAUCUUGAUAUUAUAGCUUUUACAUCGUUAUUAGAUGGCUACAUCAAGCUUGGGAAUAUGAACCCAGCUAGAAAGAUAUUUGACUCGCUAAGAGACCGUGAUGUGGUUGCAUGGACGGCCAUGAUUGUAGGUUAUGUGCAAAAUGGCUUGAAUAAUGAUGCUUUAAAGCUCUUCAGAUCAAUGAUUACAGAAGGCCCCAAGCCAAAUAGCCACACACUAGCAGCCAUGUUAAGUGUCAGUUCAAGUUUGGCAUCUUUGUAUCAUGGCAAACAAAUUCAUGCAAGUGCCAUAAGAACAUGGGAAGUAUUAUCAGUUUCUGUGAGCAAUGCUCUAAUCACCAUGUAUGCCAAAUCUGGAAGCCUUAACAAUGCAAAGCAGGUAUUCAAUUUAGUACGACAGAACAGAGAUACUGUCUCUUGGACUUCCAUGAUUAUAGCUUUGGCUCAACAUGGCUAUGGAGAAGAAGCCAUUGAGCUUUUUGAGCAGAUGCUGGCAUAUGGUAUGAAGCCUGACCAUAUAACUUAUGUUGGUGUGCUGUCUGCCUGUACACAUGUGGGAUUGGUGGAACAGGGUCGGAGAUAUUAUAAUUUGAUGCAAGAUAUACACAAAAUCGAACCCACCUUAAGCCAUUAUGCAUGCAUGAUUGACCUUUUUGGGCGUGCUGGAUUGCUACAAGAAGCACAUGAUUUUAUUAAAAGUAUGCCUAUUGAACCAGAUGUCAUAUCUUGGGGUUCACUUUUAUCUUCUUGUAAGGUUCAUAAAAAUGUGGAGUUGGCAAAAAUUGCAGCAGAAAGAUUGCUUCUUAUUGAGCCUGAUAACAGUGGGGCUUAUUCAGCCCUUGCUAAUUUAUAUUCAGCUUGUCGUAGAUGGGAAGAUGCUGCUAAAAUUAGAAAGUCAAUGAAGGAUAGAGGAGUGAAGAAAGAUCAAGGAUUCAGUUGGCUUCAGAUACAAAACAAAGUCCAUGUCUUUGGGGUCGAAGAUGGUCUUCACCCACAGAAAGAUGCCAUAUACGAUAUGAUGGAAAAGAUAUGGAAGGAGAUUAAAAAAAUGGGUUUCAUUCCAGAUACAGAAUCAGUAUUGCAUGACCUUGAACCAGAGGUGAAAGAGCAGAUCCUCAGACAUCACAGUGAAAAACUUGCUAUUGCAUUUGGGCUAAUAAGUACCCCAGAGAACACUGCAUUGAGAAUCAUGAAAAACCUUAGAGUUUGUAAUGACUGCCACUCUGCCAUAAAAUUUAUCUCCAAGCUUGUGGGCAGAGAAAUUAUUGUGAGAGACUCCACUCGUUUUCACCAUUUCAAGGAUGGUUCCUGCUCAUGUCAGGAUUAUUGGUAGGAACAGGAGUGUGAUUUUAAGAAAAAUCUCCUGUUAUCAUGGUGCUGUUGCCACUGAUGAUUGUCGAUGUUCCAGAAUAGGGAUGUAAGUUCUUCGUGAAGGAGAUCAUUCUAUUGAUGCAUCAGUGGCUGCUGCUCUUUGUUUGGGAUCAUAAGCCCAGCAUCAAGUGGCAUUGGUGGAAAAACCUUUAUGCUUCUGAGGUUAGCAAUUGGGAAGGCACAAGCCUUUGAAAUGAGAAAAACUGCCCCCUUGAAAGCUUCUGAGGUAGUCCAAAUCACUUUACUCAAAUCCUCUUUGGAUUAGUUUUUGAACUUGAGUGCAAACAGUUCCUAUUUAAGCACAAUAUUGUAAGUUGUACCAAAAGAAUCUUUUGGGGUUUCUUACUUUUUAUACUUCCUUACAAGGGUUGCAUUACACUCGGCACUUUUGAGUAAAAUUAUAACUUAUCAAAAAAGAAAAAUCAAUAUAUUUUUAUUUUUUCUACCUCAUUCAUUUAUAAUGUUGUGGAGCAAUUGAGUUGUAUGAUUUGGUUCAAAAGCUCUUAUUAGCCAAAUAAUUGGCAAUGCUUACUUGGUCAGAAGCUUCUACAAUCGUUUGGCUAGAAAAAUUCUUCACCUGGAAGACCCAAGUUUGAUUAAUUUUUGUAAUUAUGAACCUCAUAUUGCUUGUUGAACUGUAGGUUCCAAGUAAACUAUUCUUGAAAAUUCUCUUACAUGGUUAUUCAUUAUCAGAAUAUGUAUGCCCGCAAUGGUACUCUGAAAGUAGAAGGUGCCCUCUCCAUAGCACUUUCAGGGGAAAUUGCAGGCCUUUACAAAGCUUGGAAACAACAUGGAAGGCUUCCUUGGAAGGGGCUUGAUGGACAGCUGAGUGUCUCACUCAGUUGGGGUUUAAGAUAUCACCAUAUCUCCACAUGCAGAUGGUCAAGACAGAAUCAGGGAUCUUAGCAGAUAAGGGACUCUGAGAUAUAUUUACUUCAAAUGGAAGUCUUUUGCAGCCAGGCAAAACCUGCUGCAGUGCAAAACCAGCACAUACACUAGGGAAAGUUUCAAAAUUUGGUCCAGUGGCCUUGUAUAAUGGCUCAAUUGGAUUAUAUUUGAUUAUAUGUUCAGAAGGUUGGAGGGUUACUGACAAUGAAGGAUUUGCAAAGAUAUAAAGUUAAAUUAACAGAACCAAUAUCUGCUAACAUUUUAGGGCUUAAAUUGGUUGCCAUGCCUCCUCCUUCAGGGCACCCCCAAUGAUACUUAUGCUAAACAUUCUUUCUUAUGAUGCAAUUCUUUUGGGUGUUUCUGUCUCCCGUGGGUUCCAUCAAGCAAUUGAGGCUUUGAAGCAUGUGUUUGCUGUGAGGAUGAAUCUUGGUGAUCCUGACUUUGUUGAUGUGUUAAAAGUUCUAUCUGAUAUGCUCUCUCCUAUGUUAGCUAAAGAAUUAAACAAAAAAAAAAAUAUGAUAAUAUGACAUUUGAUUUCAGUCAUUGUGGCGGUAGAUAAGCUGCUUCAUUGAUAGAGACUCAGUACGUCUAUAAGAUUUUAAAGAGAAAUAAUUCAUAGCCAACCAUAAGAUUUUAAAGAUAAAUAAUAUCCAAAAUUUUUUUUAUUAAAUUAUAUCAUAUUGAUUAUUUGAGAAACUUACCUUUAUGUUGUCUCAAAAUCUUGCACGUAAAUUAACAGAGUCCAAUCAUGUUGUCAUGUUAGUGCCAAAGCUGAGGUCUUAAUUAGUUCACUUUUUGGUUCUUGAAUGAAAAAAAAUUAAAGUGUCUAAUCUGUAAAAGAAACAGUUAUUUGUCAAAUAUUGAAGUUUCUCUGGUUUAUUUUCUUUUUCCGUUGAUGGUCCUCAGACAUUGAAUUAAUCAUCAAAAUUUGUGGUCUGCUUUAUUUGUAUCACAAUUCAACUGGUGAUGAAAGUGUACAUCUAAGCAUGCAUACAUUAGUGUGGUGAUGUGGUAAAUCUAGAGGACGAGUAUCAAGAUGAUUUAUAAAGCAUAAGAAUCUUUACACUGUGCAUGCAAUUUAUUCUAAUCAGACAUUCAGUGUUUCUUAAUUAGAAAUGUUUUUGCCUCAAGAUUCAAAUUGGUAGAGUUUGUUUUUUCAAAUGGUCACUUCUCAUUCAUUUGAGUAAUUGAAAAUUGCAUGAAAAUUCUAUAAAUUAAAAAAAGGCUGCAAUAUGGGCAGAAGUUGAUGCUUAACUAGAACUGUUACCCUUACCUCUUCGUGUCUAUCAUUUUUGGUUGUAGAUGACUUAUCGUAUAAAUUCACAAUUUAUAACCCAAUUAAUUAUACUAAAUACUAUUUUCUAACAGAUGAAACACGGCACCGGUCAUCUGUCUAUUAUAGAUCGUGAGUGAAUUGCUGUAGCCUGGAAUGCUACUGUAAAUGGCAUAUUUUGGUUCACUAAUACUUUCACCAAGUAGGGGAAUACUCCUAAAUAAUAAAAUGGAUGAUUUCUCAAUCCCGUCAUAGUCUUAAAGGUAUGCUUUAGAAGUGUUCUCCAAUCAAGUUAGGACUGGUACCAUUUUCAAACUACCAGAUUAAUUGCCUAAUGGCCAAGACUUUCCUAUUGCUUGUUGAGACCUUCAGAACAAACAACAGAAUAGUAGAGUAGAAUACAUUCAUAUAGUACAAUAUUAGGCAGAUAAUUUAAUUUUAGGGAAUGUUUUUUAGUGUUCAUUUGGGAACAACUUUCAGUAGUUUAUUUGCAUAAUAUGAGACAAAAAAUUAAAAGCUAGCUUAUUUUAAGAUUAUUUGAAAUAAAGUUGAGACAAAAAAACAUGCUUAACUUGUCUGCAGGAUGAGCAAGUGGAAGCUGUUAUUCUUUAUAUUAUGCAUAAGUGCAUAACUUAUGGAAUAAAUUCGUGUGCAACAAAUGAUGUGACCUUUCUUCUAUUCUUUCUACAGGAUGAGCAAGUGCAAUGCAAUCUGUUGUACUGGUAGGUGCUUGUGGGGUAGGCAUGUUCAUUGCUGGAACUGCAGAGUUUCUCUCGAAUCUUAAUUUUUUUUUUUUUAUUGAAAUUGAACAUUUUUUUUUAUAGUCGCACAACAUUAAGUUAAAGAAUUAUUUAUUUGCUAAUACUAUUUUUUCAAUACGGUGGUAUCUGGUGAA